CGUCAAGUGUCAGCAGUCGCGGGGCAGGUACGCGCGCUCGCAGCUCGGUCGUGGAGAGCGGUGGUGGCGGGAGCGGGCUCCGGCGAGCGAGAGAGCGCGGUGGGGCGGGGCGGGGGAAAGUGGCCGCCCGGAGGACGUUGGCGUUUACGCGUGGCGGAGCGGAAGAGUUUUGCUUUUCGUGCGCGCCUUCGAAAACCGCGCCUGCUGUUGGCUGAGGGGGUCCGUCCGGAGCCUUCCCUUCUCCGCCCGCGGCCCCGCGCCGAGCUCGCCGGCCCGAAUCAGCGUGGGCGAGGUGGGAAGCGCGCCCGACCCGCGUCCCGCGCCCGGAGCCGCCCCCUGAGUGCCAAUGGCCACGCGGGUGCUGACAAUGAGCGCCCGCCUGGGACCCGUGCCCCAGCCGCCGGCCCCGCAGGACGAGCCCGUGUUCGCGCAGCUCAAGCCCGUGCUGGGCGCCGCGAACCCGGCCCGCGACGCGGCGCUCUUCCCCGGCGAGGAGCUGAAGCACUCGCACCACCACCCGCAGGCGCAGCCCGCGCCCCCGCAGCCGCCGCAGCCGGCGCCGCCGCCCGCCGCGGGCCCGCGGCUGCCCCCUGAGGAGCUGGUCCAGACAAGAUGUGAAAUGGAGAAGUAUCUGACACCUCAGCUUCCUCCAGUUUCUAUAAUUCCAGAGCAUAAAAAGUAUAGACGAGACAGUGCCUCAGUCGUAGACCAGUUCUUCACUGACAGUGAAGGGUUACCUUACAGUAUCAACAUGAACGUCUUCCUCCCUGACAUCACUCACCUGAGAACUGGCCUCUACAAAUCCCAGAGACCGUGCGUAACACACAUCAAGACAGAACCUGUUACCAUUUUCAGCCACCAGAGUGAAACGACUGCCCCUCCUCCGGCCCCGACCCAGGCCCUCCCUGAGUUCACCAGUAUAUUCAGCUCCCACCAGACCGCAGCUCCAGAGGUGAACAAUAUUUUCAUCAAACAAGAACUUCCUACACCAGAUCUUCAUCUUUCUGUCCCUCCCCAACAGGGCCACCUGUACCAGCUACUGAAUACACCGGAUCUAGAUAUGCCCAGUUCUACAAACCAGACAGCAGUAAUGGACACUCUUAAUGUUUCUAUGUCAGCUGCCAUGGCCGGCCUUAACACACACACCUCUGCCGUUCCGCAGACUGCAAUGAAACAGUUCCAGGGCAUGCCCCCUUGCACAUACACAAUACCAAGUCAGUUUCUGCCACAGCAGGCCACUUACUUUCCCCCGUCACCACCAAGCUCAGAGCCGGGAAGUCCAGAUAGACAAGCAGAGAUGCUCCAGAAUUUGACCCCACCUCCAUCCUAUGCUGCUACAAUUGCUUCUAAACUGGCAAUUCACAAUCCAAAUUUACCUGCCACCCUGCCAGUUAAUUCGCAAAGCAUCCAACCUGUCAGAUACAAUAGAAGGAGUAACCCCGAUUUGGAGAAACGUCGCAUCCACUACUGCGAUUACCCUGGCUGCACAAAAGUUUAUACAAAGUCUUCUCAUUUAAAAGCUCACCUGAGGACUCAUACUGACAGGCAGUGUCUGCGACAUUUGUCUUGCAAGCAGGCCCCCUCACCUCCUCUUGGUCCGUUGUCACAGGUGAGAAGCCGUACAAGUGCACCUGGGAGGGCUGUGACUGGAGGUUCGCGCGCUCGGACGAGCUGACCCGCCACUACCGGAAGCACACGGGGGCCAAGCCAUUCCAGUGCGGGGUGUGCAACCGCAGCUUCUCCCGCUCCGACCACCUGGCCCUGCACAUGAAGAGGCACCAGAACUGAGAGCCCCGCCGCGGCCUGCCGUGCCUAUGCAAUUCACACUGACCGCCUGCAGUUCCUCUGGCAAUGGCAAAGUUUUCAACUACAAACUUAACCUAUAUAUAUAUAUAUAUAUAUAAAAAAAACAAAAAAAAAAAACUGGAAAUGUAUAUUUUGUAUAUUUGAGAAAACAGGGAAUACAUUGUAUGAAUACCAAAGUGUUUGGUCCUUUUGAGACUGGAAUGCUUGCUGUAAUGUAUAUGGCUUUACUCAAGCAGAUUUCAUCUCCUGACAGGCAGCCACAUCUCAGUGUGGGUAGGGGGGUGGGGGUGCAGGGUGUGUUCGCAGUGUUUCUACCUAAGCACCAUCAUUUAACGUGACAGUGUUUAGUAAACAAGUCAGUUGGCAGGCACAGGAAGAAGGCUGGAUUGUAUGUCAAGAUUUUACUUGACAUGGAGUAGGUUUUGUUUUGUUUUGUUUUUUUCAAUAUUAGAUAAUUCCUUAGAGGUGCGCAGUGUACCUGGCCAUUCACAAAUAGCCAUUGAACAAAUGUGUUUUUUUGUUUGUUUUUAUAUGAGUUGCCUGUAUUUGCUAUUCAAAAUUUUGUAAAUAACGCAGAUCAGCUUUAUAGGUUUAUUACAAGUUUUCUAAGAUUCUUUUGGGGGAAAAUCAUAAUUCUGUUUGAAAAUAACCGUGAAUACCUUUACAGUUAGAAUUUGUGGUAAAAUACCUCUUCAAACCUCACCAAAUUCAUUUCUUUAGGAGGAAGAAAUCAUCAUUCAAAUGAAACUUAAAAAGCAAAUUCCAUGCACUGAUUAAAAUACUAUUGUUUUAAAUAUGAAAGACGUUUUAUAUGAAUUGUGAACUCAAGAGCUUAAAGAUACCAUACAUAAAAGUUAAACUGCUAACAAUAAGCUAAACAGUAUCAUUUUAAAAAAGGACAACUUGAGCUCUCACGUGGCAGUGUUGAAUUUAUGAUGCAGUUUUCAGAUACCAAAAUGUUUGCUCGUGCAGUACUGUUGGAUGAACGACAAUUUAUAUGGAUUUUGCAUGUAAUAUACAGUGAGACACAGUAAUUUUACCUAAAUUACAGUGCAGUUGAGUUAAUCAUUGUUAAUACUGACUCAGUGUCUGCCUUUAAUUAUAAAUGACAUGUUGAAAGCAUAAGGAAGCAAGUGCUACGUAUAUGCAAUGUAAUAGUAAUGUGACGCUGAUGCUGUUAACCAAAGGGCAGAAUAAACAAGCAAAAUGCCAAAAGGGGUCUUAAUUGAAAAUGAAAAUUUAAGUUUGUUUUUAAAAUAUUGUUUAUCUUUAUUUAUUUUGUGGUAAUAUAGUAAGUUUUUUUAGAAAAUUUUCAUAACUUGAUAAAUUAUAGUUUUGUUUGUUAGAAAAGUUGCUCUUAAAACGUGUAAAUAGAUGACAAACGGUGUAAAUAUUUUGUAAGGCUUCAAAAUGUUUAUACGUGGAAACAUGCCUACAUACAAAGCAUAAAUUGGUUGCUGUUUUGCUUCUUUUCCCCUCUUAUUUUUGUAUUGUGGUCAUUUCCUAUGCAAAUAAUGGAGCAAACAGCUGUAUAGUUGUAGAAUUUUUUGAGAGAAUGAGAUGUUUAUAUAUUAACGACAAUUUUUUUUGGAAAAUAAAAAGUGCCUAAAAGA